AUAUGGCAUCAUUUUAAUGGAGGAAGUGAAGAAAAUUUGAUUCCGGUCUAGCGUAAUCUUGACAAAAAAGUAUUGUAUUUAUAAAUAUAUGGAUUGUGCAAAAUAAAUAUUGGGUUUAUUUUGCACAGAGAUCGUAACGGCUAUCAGAUUUUGUUUUUAUGCGCUAUGAAUAGGAAGUCUACUGUUUGGAUAGGAGAUCUAGAUUCACAUACUGACGAAGACUCUUUAAUUGAUGCCUUUAGAAUAUUAGGAGAGCCUCUCUGUAGUGUGAAAAUUAUCAGAAAGAAUACAGAAUCUAUGUGUUAUGGAUUUCUAGAAUUUCCUGACGAAGAGAGUGCACAAAGGGUCUUGCAUAGAUACAACGGAAAACUUAUUCCAAAUACUAGUUCCAAACGAUUUAAAUUGAACCACGCCAACUAUUCUAAAGACGGGAAUUCGCAGAAAGAUUAUUCCUUGUUUGUGGGCGAUCUCAGUCCUGAAGUUGACGAUUUAGCUCUGUUUGAUGCGUUUUUGGCUAGAUACAAGACUGUUAAAUUAGCAAAAGUUAUAUACGACAGCUUUGGAGUAAGUAAAGGUUACGGCUUUGUUCAUUUUUCAAGCAAGUCGGAAUACGAAGCAGCUCUAAUUGAAAUGCAGAACGCACACAUUGGUUCAAAGAGUGUUCGAGUAAGCACUGCUCAACAAAAAAGAUCUUCUACACCGAAUGUGCCUGGUCAAGAGGAACAGCAAUGGCAGCAACAGUAUCCAGGUUAUGAUUACUCUAGUUAUUAUGCAGCAUGGCAAAAUUACCAAUCACAGAAUCCAUACUAUGGAUAUGAUCAGCGGUAUGCUGCUGCUUAUGGUACUGCUUAUCAAUAUCCUGCACAGUACUCAUAUGCUGAUCCAUCCCAAACUACAGCUACUGCAGCAACCACACAAGCUGCUGCUCAAUACACCCAAGCAGCUUAUGAAGCAGCUGAGAAUAUUGUUGAAGAACAUGAUAUACCUCUUGAUGUCGAUCAGUUAAAUUUAGAGCUCAUGCAAAGAAAUGAGGAAUUUUACACAGCACUAGAUGAUUCAAGAUGGUUGCCAACCGACAAUUUAGAUCCGCCUUUGAUACGCAUCAAAUGAUUUUUUUUUUACAUAGUUAUCAUACAUCAAGUCAUUUAUAUAAUGUAAACAGUUAAAUAUUUACUGUUAUCAUGUUAAAACUUUUUCUACUAUAUCUAAGAAUAGUAAAAUUUAUUAUAACUAGACUCAGAAUAUUUUUAAAAAAUUACAUUUAUUUUUCUUCCACUUAAUAACAUAAAAUGCUGGCUAAUACAUUGAAAGAAUGGUUAAUAAAACCCAUGUAAAUCUCAAUCUACAAGAAAUAACAUAAUUACAAGGUGUAAAGUUGAAUAAACAUAUCCUAAAUAAAUAUAUUUCAAGUUUUAGUUUUUCUGUACAAGUCAAUUGGAAUGUAUACACAAUUUUAAAUACAAAUCUCAAUGUUGAUUAUUAUAGAGAAUUCUUAUUCACAGAAGCAAGUAUUAAUUGAAGAACAAAACUUGAAUGUUGAAAAAGCAUCUAAAUCUGCCAUACUGAAUAAACUGUCAAUUUGCAGUGUUAUUCUCAUGGAUUUCAAUUUGAAAGCCAUAUUAUCAGACCAAUGACUACAGCCACCAAAAUCAGAACAACUACUAAAAAGCAUGCUUUACGUCUUGCAGCAGCCUAAAAAAAGAAGUUAAAAUAAUUAGAAAAACUAUAAAAUAGAUUCUUUAUAGAUGGUAUUUAUAUAAAAUUAUAUUAGGGUAGAUAUUAGAAUUGUCUUUCUGAAUAACUAGGUAUAAUCUCAACUUCUGAUUAUAUGAGAGAUUUAUGCAUCUGCUAGUUAUAAUAUUAGUUUAAUAAGUGAACACAUAGAAAUGGCAUUAGUCGAAGCUAAUCUUCAGUACUUUAAAAUUGAUUGCCAGUAUUUAAAUAUACUCAAUUUUAAUUACAUUAAUGAUAUUUGCAAAUUCAAAAUGUUAAGUGUUUUUUAAAUCUGCAACAACUGAAUGAUAAUUUUGUAAUAUUUAAAAAAAAGUGCUCAGUUUAUAUAUUUUGGCUAGAAAAAACUAGACUAUUUCAUAAAUCAUUUUUUUUUUGAAAAAUAAUUAAGCCUACAGAGCAGGCAUUUUCUUUAUAUUAAACUUCUUAUCAGUGCCAAUUCAUUAAAUAUUCAAAUUUCCUACAACAUUUUAAAAUUUAAUAAAGAAAACAAAGGAAGGUAUAGCAUUUCCAUGAAAGUAACACAAAAUCACCCAUUCUCAUUUUAAACUCAUGCAAUUAUCCUUUACCUGAUGGCGUCUGGCUUUUGCCAAUUGUUGUGUCCCUUCAGAAACUUGGAUUUGAGCUUGUUCAACAUUUGCUUCAAUGCUGUCUGUAAAAAUAAAAUAUAUUGCUAUUGUAUAAUAGUUUUCUUCUCACAAAAAUAUUAUAUGCCUUUUGUAAGUGGUUCUUAUUACAUUUUCAAAUGAUACAAUAUUGUUUAUGACUUUUAAAAAUAAAAAUUUUUCCUCAAUA